AAGAAAGCUGGGCUCCUGCCGAGCCACUGAACACAUCAGUGGGAGAUUUCAGUGACUGGAUCGCUUUUAAGAAAGUAGAUGCAAUUCCUCUGACGCCUGAAGACGAUGUGCUAAUGUUUCGCACAGGUCUCGAAGUAACUCAACUGGAAUAACGUAAAAAGUCUUCAGACUUUGGAAGUAUUGUCAAGUUAAAAACUGGACUGGACUAAAAAUGGACUUUGGGUCUUCUGGGAAUAAUCUCCUCCAUGUGGACCUCAACAUUGAUGAGAAUGAACCUUGUAGAGGAAUUCUGGAUCUUCUAAGAAUACUCCGACCUUAUUGGAAGACAGAAGACAUUCAAAUGAAGACAUUCACAGAAGGCCUCACCAAUCAGCUGAUCGGCUGCUACUUGGGCUCCCUGCAGGAGCCAGGCUGCGUUCUAGUGAGAAUCUAUGGUAGAAGGACCGAGCUCUAUGUGAACCGCGUCAGGGAAGUAGAAAUGUUCCAGGUGUUCCACAGCCACGGCUGUGGUCCAGAGAUCUACUGCACCUUCCAGAAUGGAAUCUGCUACGAGUUUGUUGGAGGAGCGGUGCUCGACGAUGAGCUUCUGCCACAGCCCUCCAUUUACAGAUUGAUCGCAGCAGAGAUGGGGAGAAUCCAUGCUAUCCAGCCAAAGUGUGGCGUGUCUGCUGAACCUCUCCUCUGGACAAAGAUGUCCCAGUUUCUCACAAUGGUAAAAAGCAGCACCAACAGCAACACAAUGUUGCAAAGCCCCACAAAAAGCUCUGUGGCGAUGCCAGAAGUGGCCAGCUUUGAGACAUUGUCGGCAGAAAUCGGGUCACUGAAGAGGCACCUCCUGCAGAUCGACUCACCGGUCGUCCUCUGCCACAACGACCUGCUGACAAAAAACAUAAUAUACAACCAGAAAGAGGGGAGAGUGAAAUUCAUCGACUACGAGUAUGCAGACUACAACUACCAGGCCUUCGAUAUUGGCAAUCACUUCAACGAAUUUGCGGGUGUGAACGUCAACUACAGCUUCUACCCAAGCCCAGAGCUGCAGAGAGACUGGCUGAAGGUCUACCUGCAGAGCUACAAGGAAAGCACUGGACGUGAGGCGACUGUUACAGAGGCAGAAGUCACACAGCUCUACAUUCAAGUCUGUAAAUUCUCACUGGCCUCCAACCUGUUCUGGGGACUCUGGGCCAUCCUGCAGUCCCACUACUCCUCUAUUGACUUUGACUUCCAAAGAUACGCCUUGGCCAGACUGAGCUACUACUUUGAAAAGAAGGAGGAAUAUUUUGGACUGACAAUGAUCUAGAAACUACACCACACCACACCACCACAACCCAACUACAUAUAAGGACAAACAUUCACCUUCACUGACAUUGUUCCUGUCUAGUGGAACAAUUCUAGUUAGAACAAUUCUGAGGUCCUGACUGGCUCCUCAUUGUUUGUUCCACAGUGUUGCAUGUGAUAAUGUGUUUUGCUAUGAUUGUGAUUUUUUAAAUACUUGUUUUACCACAGUCAAAAGAACUAUUUUGGUUAAUGAGAACAAGCUUAUGCCAGAAACGCAUUAAUUGUCCCCACAUGGCCGGGUCACACGAAGCCACACCAACUGAGUGUGAUCAUAACAAUUAUUUACAACCUUGAAAAAACUUCUGACAGAAGAGAAGACAACAUUUCAGUUUUCUUUCUUUCUGCUGUUCUAAGUAUAGAGCAAUAGACACUCUUCUGCUGUGUGUUUAUUUGGUUUUGAAAUAGUAAGUCAGUUGUUAUGAUUUAAAAAUGUGUCGGUUUCUAAUAACUUAAACUUGUUAACAACAACAACAACAGGACAACAAAAUUGGACAAACCCGUGGUCCCUGUUGAAACUAAUUACCAAUCUGUGUAAUCUUCCCACUGUAGCACAAAUGUUGAAAUAAAAAUAUCUUUGCGCCCCCUUAUGGUGGUCUUAUACUCUCCUUUGAGAAGAACUUUUACCCUAAUCCAGUGUCAUGUAUCCAAAACAAAUGUGGUCUCUCAGUCCAAUAAUGAACAAGAGACAUUAGCAAACACCACUGAAGUUGGGACAAAAACUCUACUGAAUCUUAUACACUUAUACUGAAAAGUCUUUUGCGUGUGUCACAGGCAUAAACAUCUUCAGCGUAAAAGAGGCUAAGCAGCGAUUGAAGCACAGUUAAUACGUGCGCCACAAAAAAUACUAAUAUCAUUCAACCACAGAGCUUUAAAUCUUUCUCAAUGAGAAUGUUAAAAUAUAUGUUAUCUUACCUGUAAUCAUUGUGACGCGUUAAGCCGAGAGCUCCCCCUUCCGGCCUGUUCAGCCAUAACUAAUCGAGCAAGAAUCAAGACUUAACAGGCAGAUCGCUGAUCUACCCUACGCAGUACUGUAGCAGAUGUCAAUGUUGUAACUAUGACUUUACAGCGUCAAGCGUUAAGAGUUUUAUAUUUAAACAAAACAGUUUACCUGUAAACAUUUUAAAUUUAAUUAAUAGUCAGUUCCACCUAAAACAAAUAUUUAGAAAGACGGAGGAAUUUGUUAGAAUAGAUAUGUAUGAAGAAAUGACUGAACACUGGAACAAAGUGCUGCAUUUUAUUCAUCCCCCCCCCCCCCCCCCCCCCCCCCCAUUACAGCUUUCACACCUUUACUUUGCACAAUGUCACACAUUCAUUGCCACUAAAGCAAUUCCACUGAUUUCAACAAUAACUCCUUCAUGUAUUGUUAAACAGUGGCAACAAAUGUUGAGAAGUUUAAAGCCUUGACACUGUAAAAAGAAGUUGACAAAGUACUUCUGCUCCUGAAGCCAAAGCAUCAAGUGAUGGUUUAAUUAUAAAAAAAUCUUUAUCGGUAUUAUCUAAGUUCAAAUGGUUGAGGCAAUAUUCCUGCAAGGUUGUUGGGUUUAUCUGUAACCUGGUAUUUCAAUUUUAACCUGAUUAAAGUGUUGUACCAUGGUUUUAUGUCUCGUCACCUAAACAAAAGCAUUAGACUGUGUAAAAUGAAUGUAGCAUGCUUAGAAAUGUUGGAACAAUGUUUACUCCUCAGUUUCUCCACUGUCUCUAAUGCCUUUGUCUGUGAGAAAAGCACAAAGAGGAAUGUGAUUGUAAAAUCUGUAUAGAAAGGACGACGACAGGUCAAACAAGAGGGGCACUGCCGACAGUGGCGUUUUUUUUUUUUUUUUAUUUCUUCAUGGCCGUGUGCAGUUCCACUCAUCAAGGCUACAGCCAUGUCUUCUAGUCAAACAAUCCAACUGCUUUCAAACAGGCAUUUUUUUUGUUAAACAUAUAAUAUUUAAUUAGCAACUAAUGCACUUACAACGACAAGGCCUUUUUCUCAGAAAGAAAAAGAUUGGCCUUUUGUCCGUUGCCUAUUUUCCUGAGUGAGAGCUGCAGACUUCCUUUUCAUUUCAAGCUGCGUUAAAAAAAACGUAUAAAGUAUAGUCCCUUAUGCUCUGUUUCAAAGACAGAAACACAGACAGACCCGAAGCAGCUCCAUUCAAUCGGCUCUUUGUAUAAUUUCCUUUUAUUAGUGUUCUCUUUACCAUUUUAGUAAUUUUCCAUGGCCUCUCAACAUUGACGACCCUAUAGAUUUUAAUAAAUAUCACCCACAAUUAACAGUUAUAAAAACGUUUUAGUAGCUAAACUGUGCAACAAUAAGGCAUUGACAAAAUGGCUGAUGUAAGGCUGUCUUCAUUAAAACAAAUAUUUUUCAUUGUCGUUUCUGUCUAUCUAUCUAUCUAUCUAUCUAUCUAUCUAUCUAUCUAUCUAUCUAUCUAUCUAUCUAUCUAUUCAUCCAGGACUGUCCUUCAUGUUAACCUGACCUUUGUGCUCCUAGCAUGCAGCUAGCAUCUGUGGUGUUGAUUGAAAUUUGUAAGCAUCUAUUGGACAGAUAACAAAGGAGACAUUUUUUUCCUUCUCCUUUUCUCAAUAAAUAUUUUUCAUGUA